UCCACUAGUAGAUUAGCUACUCCUCCAGUCUUCAGUCUCAGUUUCAAUGUCUCUGAUGGUCCUCCUACUACUGUCAGUUGUUUUUUGAAUAGUAGUAUCUAUGUAGCAAAAGACCUGUCUCGUAUGAUAGUGAAUGGAUCAGGAUCUGUUACAAGAGUGAGAGUAACAGUGAGACUGAGAGAAGCUGGUAACUAUCAGUGUACUGUAAUUAAUGACAGAGUAACUGAUGGCACUAAUGGUGUUAUUAACGGUGUUCAGGCAUUAAAUAGUGCUACAUUUUUGAGUUUAUCAGUAUCUAAUACUCCAACUGGUUUAACUGCUACAAGAUUAAAUACUGGUUUAGCUCAUGUAAGACUCUCCUGGUCUACUGUAUCAGGAGCUACUGGUUAUGAGGUCUACUAUCAACUGUUCAGUAAUACUUCUGUUAAUGUAGGCAGUACUGCUUCAACAGCAAUCAGUAUAAUAUCAGGAUUAAGUCAAAGGAGUACAUACACUUUCUAUGUAGUAUCUUAUGGAUCAGCUUCUCUACCUAGUGGUAAUGCUUCAGUUAUGGAAUCAUUUA